AUGGAUGUGGCCGUUCAAUCAAUCGUCGAAAAGUUGGGUCCAGAAUUGGGUUUGUCUGGUGAAAAGAUUAAAGCUACGCUCUACAAGAUGCUCAUCUAUGACAAGGGCGCUUUCUUUCUGACUCACAAGGAUUCGGAAAAAGAGGAAAAAAUGUUUGGUACACUUGUCAUUUCAUUGCCAUGUGCUCACAAGGGCGGUGACCUUGUAGUACGUCACUCUGGUAUUGAAAAGGUUGUCUCGUUGGAAUCUGACCCGGCCGCAAACUCGUUACGUUGGUCUGCUUUUUAUGCAGAUUGUGAUCACGAAACUGGUGAAUUAUUCCCCAAAGAUUCGCUCUUUGGUGCAAAGGCCGAUAAAAAGUUGGUCACUGAAGUAACUGGUAAUGAAGGUUCAACAUACAACAAACUUUAUCAUCGUGCUAGUGUUGUUUUGGUUGAUCGUCCUCCAAGAAAUAUAGAUGUCGUUAAUCCUGUUGAAGUAGUAGACACUACAUCAACCACUUCAACUACUACCACUACCGCCCCUCAAGUUCCAGAUACUACUUUUACAACUGAACAAACAUCAUCCACCACCUCUACUGCAACCAAUUAA